GACUGAUUUGGUGUUUGGUUUGUUUAUAGGCUAUAGUGGUAUUCUGAAUUUGAUUCUAAGAUUUUUCCUAUCGCGCUCGCCACCAGAUGGCGAAAAUGUAUCGGUUCACCCAGCUGCAGCACCCGAUCAGCGUCGAGCUGCUACGCGUGGAGAAAAUAUUCUUGGGGGCGGGACAAAGACGCACAGUUCGCCUGUGAAGUGCGAGCUACAUCGAAUGCGCUGAAUAAUCCCAGAACAGCGAUGAAUGGAAAUUUGAAGUAGGCAGGAACAGAUCAGCAACGGACUAGACUGCGUGGUCGGAUAAAAAAAGAUUAAAUCAAAUCGUGGAUUUUCUGCACGAUAUGGAGGAAUCAGAGUAUCUAAAGAAAAUGCUUUCUAAUUGAGACGAAAUCUAGGAUAAAUGCUGUAAAAUAAGUUUAUAUGGCGACAAACUUUUGAUGAUUUACUGGAUAUUGGAGGAGUUUUCCAAACUAUAGGCUAAAGGUGACAGUGAACGAAGAGGUUUUUUGACAGUAAAAGGGAUCCUGUCUUUCUCAGAAUGGGGAAUAUUGAGAGCACUGAUGAACAGCCAGAAACGAAGCCGCAUAUCAUGCCGUUAAAAGUACCUAUGCCCGACCCGAACGAACUGGAGGAGAGAUUUGCGCUAGUUUUGAACUCCAUGAACCUGCCCCCUGACAAAGCCCGGCUCCUGCGCCAGUACGACAGUGAGAAGAAGUGGGACCUGAUCUGUGACCAGGAGCGGUUUCAGGUGAAGAACCCCCCGCACACCUACAUCCAGAAAUUAAGAGGGUAUGUGGACCCCACAGUCACUCGAAAGAAGUUCCGUCGGCGUGUUCAGGAGUCCACCAAAGUUCUACGGGAACUGGAGAUUUCCCUGAGGACCAAUCACAUUGGCUGGGUUCGGGAAUUCCUCAAUGACGAGAACAGAGGGCUGGACAUCCUGGUGGAGUACCUUUCCUUCGCCCAGUGUGCCGUCAUGUUGGAUUUUGAGGGGAUGGAGAGUGGGGAGGAGGGGGUGCUGGACAAGGCUAAGUCGUGGAGCAGGUCCAUCGAGGAUCUGCACCAGUGCACCGGGCAGCCUUUUAUCAGCGCUCUGGCUCAGUCUGCACGUCAGUCUGCCCUCCGCUAUAACACUUUAACCAGUAGCAAAACCAUCAAGAACUCUCGUCUGGUCAGCCAGAAGGAUGACGUGCAUGUCUGCAUCAUGUGUCUGCGCGCUGUAAUGAACUAUCAGUACGGCUUCAACAUGGUCAUGUCACAUGCUCAUGCGGUCAAUGAAAUCGCUCUGAGUUUGAACAAUAAAAGCUCCAGAACUAAGGCGCUGGUUCUGGAGCUGCUGGCUGCUGUGUGCCUAGUGAGGGGGGGGCACGAGAUUAUCCUGUUGGCCUUCGACAACUUCAAAGAGGUGUGCAAGGAGAAGUAUCGCUUUGAGAAACUGAUGGAGUACUUCCGCAGCGAAGAUGGAAACAUCGAUUUCAUGGUGGCCUGCAUGCAGUUCAUCAACAUCGUGGUCCACUCGGUGGAGGACAUGAACUUCCGCGUCCACCUGCAGUAUGAGUUCACCAAGCUGGGGCUGGACGACUUCCUGGAGAAGUCCAGACACACUGAGAGUGAUAAGCUCUCAGUGCAGAUCCAGGCGUACCUGGACAACGUGUUCGACGUCGGGGGGCUGCUGGAGGACGCAGAGACCAAGAACGUGGCCCUGGAGAAGGUGGAGGAGCUGGAGGACCAUCUGUCUCAUGUGACGGAGAAGCUGUUGGACGUGGAAAAUGAGACCAUGAUGAAGGUGGCCGAGCUGGAGAAGCAGCUCCUACAGAAAGACAAGGACCUAGCAGUUAUAAAGGAGACGUACGAGUCGACCAGCACCCAGGUGCACACGCUGCGGCGGAUGAUCAAGGAGAAGGACGCGGCGUUCCAGCAGCGGUGCGACCUGGAGAGGCGGCUGCAGGAGCUGGAGCAGCAGGGGGCCGCGCCCAGGGGCCCGGGCUGCAGGGGCCCGGUGGGCAGCGGCAUGUGCGGGACUGUGGGCGGAGUCACUGCGGGAGGGUCGGAGCUGUUUGGCCCAGAGGGUCUCGGGGAGGCGGACCCAUCUGCAGACAUGGAGCCCCCACCUCCACCACCCCCUCCGCCCCCUCCACCCCCACCCUUACCCUCCAGCACAGGAGAGUUCAUGCCAGCUCCACCCCCUCCACCCCUGGCCCCGCCUCUGCCCGGAACAUCCCCUUCUGUCAUUCUCAGCGUUGGCCUAUCAGCCAUCAGGAUUAAGAAGCCGAUAAAGACUAAAUUCCGCCUGCCGGUGUUCAACUGGACCGCACUCAAACCCAACCAGAUCAACGGCACCGUGUUCAACGAGAUCGACGAUGAGCGAGUCCUGGAGGAGCUGGACUUGGAGAAAUUUGAGGAGCUCUUUAAGACCAGAGCCCAAGGUCCUAUCAUAGACCUGUCCGGCCCCAAAACCAAGGCCUCGCAGAAGGCUGCCAACAAGGUGACCCUACUGGAUGUCAACCGCUCUAAGAACCUGGCCAUCACCCUGCGCAAAGCCAGCAAGAGCACCGAGGAGAUCUGCAGGGCCAUCCAGACGUUCGACCUGAAGGCGCUGCCGGUGGACUUUGUGGAGUGCCUGACGCGGUUCCUGCCCACGGAGGCGGAGAGCAAGCUGCUGCGUCAGUACGAGCGGGAGCGCCGGCCGCUUGACCAGCUGGCCGAGGAGGACCGCUUCAUGCUGCUCUUCGGCAAGAUCGAGCGCCUCACCCAGCGCAUGAGCAUCAUCACCUUCGUGGGAAACUUCACCGACAACGUCAACCUGCUCACGCCGCAACUCAACGCCAUCAUCGCAGCCUCAGCCUCCGUGAAGUCUGCCCCAAAGUUGAAAAGAAUGCUCGAGAUUAUUUUAGCCUUGGGAAACUACAUGAACAGCAGUCGAAGAGGAUCUGUCUACGGGUUUAAACUGCAGAGCCUCGAUCUGCUGUUGGACACAAAGUCGACAGACCGGAAGAUCACCCUGCUUCAUUACAUCGCCCUGAUGGUGAAGGAGAAGUACCCGGAGCUCGCCAACUUCUACAGCGAGCUGCACUUCAUCGACAAGGCAGCUGCAGUGUCUCUGGAGAACGUGCUGCUGGAUGUGCGGGAUCUGGGCCGUGGGAUGGACCUGGUGCGGAAGGAGUGUGGCCAGCACGACCAUGCCGUCCUGAAAAGCUUCCUCCAGACCAGCGAACCGCAGCUGGACAAACUGCAGAAGGAUGCCAAGACUGCUGAGGAGGCCUUCAACAAUGUUGUGCACUACUUUGGGGAGAGCGCCAAGACCACUCCUCCGUCUGUCUUCUUCCCUGUGUUUGUGCGCUUUGUCAAAGCAUACAAGGAUGCAGUGGAGGAGAACGAGCAGAAGAAGAAACAGGAGCAGGCGCUGAGGGAGAAGCUACUCGCUAAGGAGGCCAAACAGCAAGACCCCAAGGCGCAGGCGCAGACGCAGAAGAAGAGGCAGCAGCAACAUGACCUAAUCGCAGAGCUGCGCAGACGGCAGGCCAAGGACCACCGGCCCGUCUACGAGGGCAAAGACGGCACCAUCGAGGACAUCAUCACAGCCCUCGCCCCUGCCCCAGCUCUGAAGAUCGGUCUCGGUAGGUUUGUCCCUGGUAACCGGCGGGCCGUGGGUAAGGAUGAGCUAGCGCUCAGCGCUGUGGAGCCCCGCCAGCUUUCUGCCCCAGUGCCCAGCUUUGCAGCAGCACAGCUGCAGGAAACAGAGCUGCUCAGGGCUCAUUGUCCCGCUCGACAGCUGAGGGACAAACAUGGGUCUCCAAGCCUAUUGUGUUAUAUGCAGUAUUACUAUGGGGAGUGAUUUAGCCAGAUUUCCAUUUGCUUUAGCAGGGCGCCUUGCAUAGCUUCAUUGUAAGCAGAUGCUUGUUCUGAGAUUCAGUUUAAGUGCCUUCCUUUGUGGUGGGUAAGCUGAUGAUUGUUAUUAAUGUUUUGCUAUUGUUCCUAAUGUAGCUGCGGUUCCCCAUUUCGUACUUAAGCUGACAACUUUCUUGUCAAAUAGCAAUUAGCUUCAUGCUGCCUACAGUAUGUGUAUACUGUACCUGAGCUGUGUGACACCAUCUUAAGCUAGCUAAGGUGAAGGCAGGUUCUGAAGGUUGGUAUUUUAAUUUUUAAGGUGGGGAGAUAUCUUUUAAUUCUCUCAAUCUUGUCCUUGCUCUGCGACUAACAAACUGCAUGAGACUAUCAGUAUUAUGCUCUCCAUGCAUUCCCAAACUGCCUAUGAUGCUUGUCAAAACUUUGCCUGGCCAAUCAUAUCACUCUCUAACACAACAGCCCCUAUCACAAAAGAUCCAUAAAUACACUGUGAUCAACAACUUAUAACAUAGACUCCAAGCAAUGCGAGUGAGCUCAUUGCAAGGACAGUUAAGAUACGUUUCUUUAUCAAAAUUUUGGAUCUUGUGUAGGGCUUAUAUAGGUCUAUAAUUGCCAUUGGGCAUUAAAAUAAUUAAAAACUAAAAUAAAUGCAACAUUUCUAAAUAAAAAUUGGAGAUUGAAAAUUGAGUUAAUAAGGCCUGACGGUUGCCACUCUAACUAUAAUUUGUUGGUCAUACUCCGUCAUAUCCCUUUCUCUUUCCCUUUAUUAUCCAUCCUCAUGUCUUCUUUAUCUUCCUCUGUCUCGCUCUCUGUAAAUGCACAAUAAGAAAGUAAAUGGCUAAGCAACCUUCCCACAGCGUAAAUCUGCAACGUUGUGGCAAUGAUGCCAGAAUGUCAGUGAGGAUGUGCUAGUGAGGUAUUCUGUGCAAUGUCUGUUUCUACCAGUGCUUUUAUCUCAUGUCUGGAGAGGUAUGGUUUGUUUCACAGCUUAGUAAUUAGUCGUGUUAAUUCGGUUUGACCAGUCAGGUCCUUUAAUCCUAACCAUUAUUCUUUGCAGAACAGGGUUAGGGUCUAAUCCAUUAAAAUUCAGUCCAUUCAUUGAUUCAGGUAAAAUCAAUUCUAAAAAUGAAAGCAAAUUAAUAAUAAUUUCCCGAAUUGUCUGAAAAUGUUAGUUACUGAUCUCAAACCUUGCAGGGACAUAUAUUUAUUGUUAUAUAAGAGUUGCUCCUUUGUUCUGUACUACACAUUUAUAAUCACUUGAAGUGGCCAAGGCAGACAGCAUAAGAUGGGGUUUUACCCUGACCACACCCUGACCACGCUCCAUGUUGCCUCCCCCAGAUCUCCGAAACCAGCCCUUCCGCAGAGCUGACGCUGUGAUCAGAAGCGGGUGGAAGAGGCCGUGAGGGAGACUAGCCCCUGUGUCUCCCCUCCCACACCCCCCUCCUCAUCCUCCUUAUCCUCCACCCUGAGGGAGACUAGCCCCUGUGUCUCCCCUCCCACACCCCCCUCCUCAUCCUCCUCAUCCUCCACCUUGAGGGAGACUAGCCCCUGUGUCUCCCCUCCCACACCCCCCUCCUCAUCCUCCACCCUGAGGCCAUUUUGAAUGCAGCUCCACCCAUCUGCAUGAAAAAGCCUAUGGUUUUUCAGUCUCAAUAUCGCCUCCAAGGUCCACUGGUGCGUUGAAUGUCUGUCGGACCUGUGAAGUCAGGAAUAUUUUACUGUUUUUUUAUUUAUAUUUUGGGACACUGCACUAGAGGGCUCGCCACCAUCUUUUCCUCCAUGCACAGAAACACAAGCCAGCCCUAUCUCCAGUCUGACCGACAGCCCAUUAGGGCUGCUUUGGCAUUAGUCUGCAUCACAGAUCUGAACCUAGACCAGUAACAGGAGGGAAAAUCGCAUUGACUAGGCUGGCCAAUGCUCACCCAAGAUGGAACUUUCCAUUAAAUGUAUAUUGUAAUAUUUUAAUGCGUAUUUCUCAAUUCCAAGUAUUGUGCAAUCAACAGCAGGAUUGUAAUCACUGAACAGCUGCAGGUUUGUGUGUUGCAGCUGCAGUUGCCAAAAGAAUACAACGGUUGCGUUCUGAAAAAGGAAAUGCCGCAUAGCUUGCAAUAGCUGUUGUUUUCAUUUUUGUCAUGAUGUGUUUUUAACCGAGAAGCUAGCCAAACCGAACUGCUCUUAUUUUUGGACCUGUGGCCAUUUUAAAAAGUGCCUGUUACAAAGUAUUAUUUUUAAAAAAGCUUUUACAUAAUAUGUAUCUUGUGUCAUUUAAAUAUUUUUAUACUAUAUAUUUUUGCUUGAUAACAUUUUUGAAAGCUGUAUAGAGAAUUUGAUACUUUAAAAAAUCUCAAGACAAUUGUGCAUCUAAUGAAGUUAUGCUAACCAUAAUAAUGAUAUUAUGUCAUUAUUAGUCCCUGGGAAUAGCACAAAUCAGAGUUUGUACAAUAUAUGAAUUAGCAUAAUUGUUACUCAUUGAAUCAUCUUGUUUUUGAUGUAUAAUUGAAAUGGGUAGAAUGAGUUGCUGCCAACAGAAAAACUACCAAAAUACUUUCAGAAAGUGCAAAUACUUCCAUUGUGCUACUCCACCAUAGCUCACUUUUUUGGCUAAUAAUGAAAAGAACUGAAUGCCAAAUUAUUUUUACGUGCUAUAAGCCAAUGCUAUUUAUUCAGUGCUGAGAAGCUGAUUCCAGCUGUCAAUCACUGAACUGCUAAUCGUGGAUGUGUCACAUUUCCAUGAAGAUUUCAUGUGAUCCUCCUCAAGUUGUUUUUUUCCCCAGUUCAUUUCAUUUUUUGAAGCCGAGAGUAUGCUUUUCCUCUAGCGCAGGUCUCCCAAACCCUGGUUGCGGUGGGCCACAGGCCCUGCUGGUUCUCAUUUUCACCAGAAAAUCAGCAGGCACUGCAGAUCCAAUAGGACAGGCCAUGAGAGUAACUUCAGGUCCAGGGCAGGGGAGCCCUGUUCUACUGGCAGAGUAACCUUAAGGAUUCAGCAGCCAUAGACCCUGUGGUUCUAAUUACAAUGUUGUAAUAUACUACACUUCAUUACACUUCUUUAAUGCCCAUCAUUUUCAUCCUUUAUAAAAACUUUUAGAAUUAAAAGAUAAAUGGUGUAUAUCUGAUUCCAUUUCUUGUAAUAAAAGUCAUGCAGAUAAUUCAACCGAAUUCUCGAUAACUUCUGUCAAGUAAUAGAAGAUACAUUUUGCAAACUGUGACUCCAUCCUUACUGAUAAAAUACCAAAUAAAAGAAAAACUGGACCAGGAAAACCUGAA